AUGAGGAUUCAGGACAAAAAUUUAAAGAAUAAGUCCCAUGUAAGCAUUCAUGCAUGCACCGAGGCUGGAGAUCUCAUCGGCGUCCAGAGGUUGCUUAGCCAAAAUCCUUCUCUGCUUAAUGAAAGAGGCAUUGUUACGGUACAAACUCCAUUGCACGUCGCCUCCGGUCACAAUAAAUUUGAGAUAGUGAAGUAUUUGCUCGAUUGGAGAGGACCCGGAAAAGUUGAGUUAGAAGCUAAGAAUGUUUAUGGCGAGACCCCAUUGCAUUUGGCGGCUAAGAAUGGAUGUAAUGAGGCACUGAGGAUGCUUCUUCAGGGUGGAGCAAAUGUGGAAGCUAGAACAAAUAACAUGAUGACUCCAUUACAUCUCGCUGUUGGUUAUGCACUACGAACCGGAGACAACUCGACAGUGAGGACACUGGUGUUAGAGUACAAUGCUGAUUGCUCGGCAAAGGAUGAUAACUAUGACAACGGCAUACAGGGAAAGCUUGAAGAAUUUGACAAUGAGCUUUCACAAAUAGUUGGGCUGAAACCUCUCAAAGAGCAACUCCGAAAAUGGGCAAAGGGAAUGCUCCUGGAUGAGAGGCGCCGGGCCAUGGGGAUAAACCUUGGCCCGAGAAAAGCACCUCAUAUGGCCUUCCUUGGAAACCCAGGGACAGGUAAAACCACUGUCGCACGAAUACUAGGCAAACUAAUGAAUUCUGUUGGAGUACUUUCUUCUGAUAAAGUGACGGAAGUACAGAGAACGGAUUUGGUGGCGGAGUAUCUUGGACAAACUGGAGCCAAGACGAGGAAAAAGAUUGAGGAGGCCAUGGGUGGAAUUCUGUUUGUGGACGAAGCGUACAGGCUGGUGCCCCAGCAGGGGGCAGGGCACAGCCAAGACUAUGGUGUGGAGGCGCUGGAGGAGAUCAUGUCCGUGCUGGAAGACGGUGAGAUUGUAGUCGUCUUUGCAGGCUACACCGAGCCCAUGAGGCGCGUCUUCUCCUCAAACGAGGGCUUUUGCCGGCGCGUGACCCACUUUUUCGACUUUGACGACUACAGCAGCUGGGAGCUAGCCGAGAUGCUGAUGAUCAAAAUGCGAAAGGCGGACGAGAAGAGCCGUCUGUUCGGGUUCCGGCUCCACCCGUCUUGCACGUUAGACGCGGUUGUUGCUGUGAUCGAGAGGUGCUCGACCGAGAAGCUUCGGAACAAGCUGAACGGGGGGCUGGUGGACCACAUGCUAAACAACGCGAGGGAGUGUCUGGACGCGAGGCUCAAUCUCAGCUCGACUGGGGACGAGCUGCUGACGAUCACAUUGGGGGAUCUGGAGAACGGGCUCCGCCAUCUGGCUGAGAGAGUCAUGGUGAAUUGA